AUGCAGAGGUGCUCGUUGUUGCUGCUGCCUGCUCUGCUGCUGCUGCUGCCGCCAGCAGCAGCAGCAGCAGCGCCAACAGCAGCAGCAGCAGUAGCAGCAGCAGUUCUGGCGGGAUCCCCGGGACUCUGCAUGCAGUGGGGAAGAGAAGAAACUUACACAGAGCAGGGGGGCGCAGAUCUCGAAGAUGACAGCAGCAGCAACAGCAGCAGCAGCAGACAGAAGCAGAUUGUCUGGGGAGAUUCUGCAAUGGAAAUGACAACACUGGAGUUUGGCGGCGAGUCAGCAGCAGAGGAGAGCGAGCAGCCUGCUGCAGCAGCAGCAGCAGCAGCAGCAGCGCAAGACGCAGCAGCGCACGCAGCAGCAGCAGCCACGGAGGCCUCAGCAGCAGCAGCAGCAGCAGCAGCAGCCCAAAGGGCAAACGCACAGAUGUACCGCCGCAGAGUCACGCUGCAGCUGCUGCUGUCGCUGCAGGAGCUGCUGCUGAUGCUGCUGCUGGGGUUGGAAGCAGCAGAAGGGGCUCGUGAGGGGCGGAAGCAGCAGCAGCGGCGGCGGAAAGAUGUUGUUGAAGAAGACAGCUGGUCAGAAGGGAGCGAAUCGGGCUAA